GGGGACCGCGCCCUGGCCGAGCUGCUGCUGGAGUUCUCCCGGGCACAGUACCGCGCCAAGGACGGCGGCGGCGCCGCCGCCGCUGCUAAGGUGGAGCGGAUCGAGCGGCGGUGCCUGGAGCUCUUCGGCCGCGACUACCGCUACAGCGUGAUCCCGAACGCGCAUGGCGAGGUCUGCGCCCACUACCCGCGACACAUCGUCCUCCUGGAGCGCGACGCCGGCGCCGGCCGCGACCCGUUUGAGAGCACUGUGCAGGUUGGCAAACUGCAAGACCUUAUCAACCGAAGUAAGAUGGCGAGGUGUAGAGGACGAUUUGUUUGCCCAGUCAUUCUGUACAAGGGAAAGCAUAUUUGCAGAUCUGCAACACUGGCUGGCUGGGGAGAGCUCUAUGGGCGCACUGGCUACAACUAUAUCUUCUCAGGAGGUUCCGACGAUGCUUGGGCAGAUGCAGAAGACAUUUCAGAGGAAGAUUCUGCACUUAGAAAUGCAGACUCCCAGCUGUUUGACAAGGUCAGAGGGCACGACAUCAAGCUGCUUCGAUACCUGUCUGUCCGAUAUAUCUGUGACCUGAUGGUGGAAAACAAGAAGGUGAAGUUUGGCUUGAAUGUGACGUCUUCUGAGAAGGUGGACAAAGCUCAACGUUAUGCUGAUUUCACGCUUCUCUCCAUCCCAUAUCCAGGCUGUGAAUUUUUUAAGGAGUACAAAGACCGGGAUUAUACAGCUGAAGGUCUCAUAUUUAACUGGAAACAGGAUUACGUAGAUGCUCCAUUAAGUAUCCCAGUCUCUCUGACCCAAUCUCUGAAUAUUGAUUGGAGCGAAUACCAGAGCUGGGACCUUGUACAACAGACACAGAACUACCUGAAGCUGCUGAUCUCCAUCAUCAAUAGUGAUGAUGACAGUGGGCUCCUGGUGCACUGUAUAUCCGGCUGGGAUCGAACUCCUCUCUUCAUCUCCUUAUUGCGCCUCUCCUUAUGGGCUGAUGGGCUGAUCCACGCAUCCCUGGAGCCGUCUGAGAUUCUCUACCUGACGGUGGCGUAUGACUGGUUUCUCUUUGGGCACAUGUUAGUCGAUCGACUCAGUAAAGGAGAAGAGAUUUUCUUUUUCUGCUUCAAUUUUCUGAAGCACAUCACCUCUGAGGAGUUCUCUGCUGUGAAGUCGCAGAGAAGGAAGAGUUUGCCACCCAGUUUCACCCUGGAAGAGAUCUGCAUGCUCAAGCAGAGAGACCGAGGCAGCACCACAAGUCUGAGCAGCGACUUCUCCCUGGGGAUGGAAAGUUCCCCUGGAGCAGCUGGGAGCUUCACUUAUGAAGCAGUAGAGCUGAUGCCAGCAGGAGCACAGGCUCAAGCAGCAUGGAGGAAGAGCUGUGCAUCGUCACCACAAGCUGUGCUCUGGAGCAGGGCACAGCAGUCUGAAGAUAGGCUGCCUUCUGCAGGGAUGGGCGAAGUCAAAUCCUCCAGCUCCUCCUCAUCAACCCAUUCUGAUAACUUCCUGAGGAUUGGAAGCAGCCCACUGGAAGUGCCCAGGUCCAGAUCGGCGGACCAUUCUCUGCCCGGAUCUUCCGUUUCCACAGACUUUGGCAGCUGGCAGAUGGUGACAGGGUGUGGCAGUAUUCGGGAGCAGGCAAUCCUGAGCGCAGACGCCUCUCUCCCUUGCAGCUUCCCGGAUGAGUUCCCUAGCACUUGCCUGCUGGUGUCGGCGAGCGACCGCGAGUCCCGGCUGGAAGAAGUGCGUUCUGCCUUUCUGGCCAGCUACAGCCGGACCAUCGGCCUGAAGGCCGUGCCCCCCAGCCCCUCGGGGGCCAUCGGCGGCCUCCUCGAGCAGUUCGUGCGGGGCGUGGGACUGAGAGGCAGCAGCACGCUCUGAGCGUGGUGUUCCCAGACGGCUGGCUGGAGAACCGGGGCUCGGCGGGUCCCCCUGGCCGAGCCCCGGGACCCCCUUCCCGGUGCGGGCACCUGCAGCACCCACCGCCCGCUGCCUCCCACCCUUGCCUGGGGCUGGGGGAGCGCGGGGGGGCUCCGGCAAGUCUCUGCAGUAAAGACACCCGAGCUGU